AAAAUGUUCCACGCUGUCGUAUACAUAGCAGUAUAGCCGCGUGGUCUGAGCUAGGUAGCGUGCUUGGUGUUUUGUGGAUAUUGACAGGUGAAUAUCUGUCAUCGGAACCGUCAAACUGGACAUUUUUACCAUGAAAGAUAACCGCGACAAGAUGAGAACGAAAAGAGUUCGUGAGCACAGUGGCAAGUCAUGGAUGAGUGACGAGUACGACUCGGGGGAUGGCAAACGGAGAGAUUCAGCACUCAGUCUUGAGUCCAGUUUGAAAAAGCGGAGGGGUAAUUUACCAAAAGAAGCUGUUAGGAUACUUAAGGGUUGGUUGUAUGAACAUCGAUAUAAUGCCUAUCCCACAGACCAGGAAAAAGUCCACUUGUCAAAUUCAGCCAAUUUGACAGUUCUGCAAGUCUGUAAUUGGUUUAUUAAUGCAAGGCGAAGAAUUCUACCAGAAAUGAUUAAAAAAGAUGGAAUGGAUCCGUUACAUUUCACAAUAACACGGAAAAAUAAACAGUUGAGUUUUGAUAAGGAGGAUUAUGAAGAUGGAAAAUACAAUGGUCAAUCAGUGAUCGAAAGUCAUAAAUUUGACAAUUCCGAGGAUAGUGUUUCAAGUCGUGAUUCGCUUUAUCCUGUAUCCAUGGAAACAGAUGGAUAUGUUUCUGACAGUGAAACCUCAUUAAGUGACUUUUCGGAUACAGAAUCCCUGUCCAGAAAUACCCUAAGUAAUCCCCGAUUAAUAAACAAUACUUCUACCCCUCAUAACAUGAAGUUCACCGCUCAACAGGGGCCAUUGUUGACAUUUAAUGACAGUACUGUAAACAACACCCCACCUCCAUCUCCCCCUGCUGAUCAGAAUAAAGACAUUUUCCGUUGUUUUUACAUGUUAGUAGAUGUGGCGAUUAAUCAGUUGGAGAAACAGAGGCAAUUAGAAAAAGGUGAACACAACAAAGAAAACAGUUUAUAAAGAAGUAAUGUGUUCUCAGAAGUCAAUGUGAAAUUUUAGUGAAUUACUUCCCCUGAUUGUAUAUAUCCUAUACGUAUGUGUGUUGCUUACUACCACGUGUUUUUGUACCAGAUGGUAGCCCAUGGCUUGUCAAGGUAGACUACACUAUAGCCUUUUGUAAUAUGUAUAUAUACUAACGUAUAUUUCACUGCCAAAUAUAGACUAAAACAUUCAUAAUUCUGUGUGUUUUUAUAUAUUAAAAACAAUUCUUUAUAUUUUGACACAACAUUAAUUUCUGAUUUUGAAGUUUGACAGAGUUCAAAAAAUUGUAGGGUUAAUACAAUUAUGGUGAUCAAAGUUUAAAAGUUUUCUAGUCUUAAUUCAUUUAUUUACAAUUUCAUGGCAUUUUGAAAGUUAAGAAUCGCUUUCUUUCAUCCAUUGAAUUUAUUAGUGCUAUUUUUUUUUUUUGUAUUAACAGGUAAUAUAUUCCAUUCCAUUCAUUAAUCACCCAUUAUUAAUCAUGAUGUAAAUUUAAUUGCAUUAUAUAAUUGUCUUAUUGCUAAAUGUAGUCAAAUAAUUUAGAUCAUAAAUGCAUAAUGCAAUAGCUGUGCUUAGUUAGUUGUAAAAAGUCACUAUCCCAGUACUACACUGUAAUAUGACUGUAGUUCAUCCAUAUGGCUUGAAGCUAUUUAUCACGUGACCUCAAAAGCACGUGGUGAUGGCUUACGGCGAGGUUUGAAGUAUCACAACUUAGCAAUGUUUGACAUGGUAGACCCCUAGUAUGACUAGCUAUCUACCCAUUCCAACUGUUCAUUUUUCAUUUGCCUUAUAAUUAUUGUUGAAUAAAUUUUACAUUGAGUUAGUACUAUUUAAAGAUAUGACUAAUUUGACCCAAUUAUGUUAAUAUGCGAUUUAUGAUAUAGGGAUUAUGGAGAUGACAUUUGGGUCUGUUGAAUAUUUGUAUACUAAUAACUAUGUUUAUUGUUAAAAAUAGUCCAUAGACUGAGUCAGUUUGACUUUUAAAUAUAACCAUCAUUGUUUUUGUUUACCUUUUUAAUGAUUUUGAAAUGUUUGCAGUUAAUGUUUCACUGGCAUCUAUUCAUUCAGGGCAUUAGUUCAACAUACAAUUAUGAAACACUGAAGGAAAAAACAACCUACCCGAAAACCCCAGAAAUCUUUAAGUGCAUUUAAACAAUUUCUAUCGUUUUAUAUACAUGCCAGAAUUUUGUAUUUUGAAUAAUAAUAACUUAAAAGUUAAAAAAAACAAAUGAUUUAUAUAUUUAUGUAUGAGAAUAUUAUGUACAGAAUAAUUAUUGAUUCAA